AUGCGUGAGAUUGUUCACCUCCAGACCGGUCAGUGCGGUAACCAAAUUGGUGCUGCUUUCUGGCAAACCAUCUCUGGCGAGCACGGCCUCGACAGCAAUGGUGUCUACAACGGUACCUCCGAGCUCCAGCUCGAGCGUAUGAGUGUCUACUUCAACGAGGCCUCUGGCAACAAGUAUGUUCCCCGAGCCGUCCUCGUCGAUCUUGAGCCUGGUACCAUGGACGCCGUCCGAGCUGGUCCCUUCGGUCAGCUCUUCCGUCCCGACAACUUCGUUUUCGGUCAGUCCGGUGCUGGAAACAACUGGGCCAAGGGUCACUACACUGAGGGUGCCGAACUAGUCGACCAGGUCCUCGACGUCGUCCGCCGCGAGGCCGAGGGCUGCGAUUGCCUUCAGGGUUUCCAGAUCACCCACUCUCUCGGUGGUGGUACCGGUGCCGGUAUGGGUACCUUGCUCAUUUCCAAGAUCCGCGAGGAAUUCCCCGACCGAAUGAUGGCCACCUUCUCCGUCGUUCCCUCCCCCAAGGUCUCUGACACCGUCGUUGAGCCCUACAAUGCCACCCUCUCCGUCCACCAGCUGGUCGAGAACUCUGACGAGACCUUCUGUAUCGAUAACGAGGCCCUCUACGAUAUCUGCAUGCGCACCUUGAAGCUAUCCAACCCCUCCUACGGUGACCUCAACUACCUCGUUUCUGCUGUCAUGUCCGGUGUCACGACCUGUCUGCGUUUCCCCGGUCAGCUGAACUCCGAUCUCCGAAAGCUCGCCGUCAACAUGGUGCCUUUCCCUCGUCUACACUUCUUCAUGGUUGGCUUUGCCCCUCUGACCAGCCGUGGUGCUCACUCUUUCCGCGCUGUCAGCGUUCCUGAGUUGACCCAACAGAUGUUCGACCCCAAGAACAUGAUGGCUGCUUCAGACUUCCGCAACGGUCGCUACCUGACCUGCUCGGCCAUUUUCCGUGGCCGUGUCGCUAUGAAGGAGGUCGAGGACCAGAUGCGCAAUGUCCAGAGCAAGAACUCUUCUUACUUUGUUGAAUGGAUUCCCAACAACAUCCAGACAGCGCUUUGUGCCAUCCCUCCCCGAGGACUUACGAUGUCCUCGACCUUCAUCGGAAACUCUACCUCUAUCCAGGAGCUCUUCAAGCGUGUUGGUGAGCAGUUCACUGCCAUGUUCCGACGCAAGGCUUUCUUGCAUUGGUAUACUGGUGAGGGUAUGGACGAGAUGGAGUUCACUGAGGCUGAGUCCAACAUGAAUGAUCUUGUCUCCGAAUACCAGCAGUACCAGGAUGCUGGUAUUGAUGAGGAGGAAGAGGAGUACGAGGAGGAGCUCCCUGAGGGUGAAGAUCGAGCUUCAUCAGCUUGUCAACCUCGUUCGACAAGCCAAUACUGCUGCACGCCCACGGCAGCCAUCUCGACACCAAUGGCCGCCAUGUUUACUCCCAGCCGGGGGAGGGCAAUCGGACGAGCCAUUGCGGCCUCAUCGUCUGGCUCUGUUACCCUCCCUAGCUUCCUGGUGCCAGCAUGGCAAGCGACAGCACCCAAGGUGGCAUCUUCCCGAGCCGCCAUUGCCCUCUUCUCCACGACUUCGAAGCGACCAUCCAAGCUGGGAAGAACCCCUCUAUCGAUUCCUCCUGGAGUAGAGCUGUCUGUUAGCGAACCGGUGGCGAGCAAGGACUUGACAUCAUACAAGAAGGUGUACAAGAAAACCAUCACCGUAAAGGGACCGUUGGGAGAGCUUGAGCUCCAAGUUCCUGAAUAUGUGCAGGUGACGCAAGAUCCUGAGGCCAAGGUGGUAUCGUUGAAUGUCCAGGACACUGACGCCAGGGACCAAAAAGCCAUGUGGGGAACAACAUGGUCUUACCUAAGGAACUAUAUAAUGGGUGUCUCGGAAGGUCACACGGCCAUUCUCCGUCUCGUCGGUGUCGGUUACAGAGCGAGUGUCGAAGAGCGAGGUGGUAAAGAAGAAUUCCCUGGGCAGCGCUUCCUGUGCCUCAAGCUCGGGUUCACUCAUCCUGUCGAGGAGGGCAUCCCUCGCGGCGUGACCGUAACAACUCCUGCGCCUACGCGUAUUCUCAUUGAGGGAAUUGACCGCGAGACCAUCAUGUCGUUUGCUGGACGAGUUCGCAUGUGGCGUCCUCCGGAGCCUUACAAGGGUAAGGGCGUGUUUAUUAACGACCAGACGAUCAAGCUGAAGCAGAAGAAGAUCAAAUAG